CUUGUUAACCCUCUUGCACUUGUGCCAAUUUGCGAGCAGGAACUUGUGGACAUGGUAGCUCUGAAUCCUGGCCUGCAUGUCGUUUAUGAUCCUACGUUCCUUCCAGAGUCUUCUGUCAGGGUGUGUUAUCGAGAAUUCCCCUACUACGUACAUCUCUCUCCCGCCUUCUGUCAACUAGCCAUGCGUCAGGUCCCCCGAUCACCAUUGACAAUCCAAACACAGCCCUAUCAAGAGAUCCUGUCUCACCCAGGCUGGGCCCUCCAUCAUACCAGCCCACCUGCCAGUAAUCGAGAAAGGAAAUUCGCCCGUGCUAGUUGUCACUUCAAUGCGUUAGCAAUGAUUUUAUGGCUGGUUAAGGGUAUGACCUGGAAACUGCAUUCUCAUUGCACGGACUCGUAA